AAAAUAUAAAAAUAUAUUAUUUAAAUAGCGGGUAGUUACAAAACCGCUUGCAAACUCGAGUUAUUUAUGAUUUUUUAUAAUCUCGCCUGCUAACAUGUUUUUACAUUGUUUUUUAAGUAAAACAACUUACAUGUGUUUAAAACACGUCUACACUCACAGUACUUCAUUACCACUAUGCCAAAGUCUAUGAAGAAAAAAAUCAGCAAUGAGCAUAGGCAUUUGUUUAAGUUUGGGGACGCAUUGGCGUUAACAAGUUACGGGAAGUUUAAUAUUUUCGUAUUAAUUUCAACAGGAGGAUGCUUAAUGGCUGUGGCAAUGGAGACCAUGGGUACUUUGUUUAUCAAUCCACUUGCCGAAUGUGAUUUGCAGUUUGGUGUUACAAUGAAAGGAUAUUUGUCAACAGCAAACGUUCUGGGUGUGAUAACAUCGUUAUAUUUAUGGGGUUUCCUAGGGGAUGCAUAUGGAAGACGAAAUAUUAUCAUAAUAAGUAUGGUAUUGAGUUUUAUGAUAACAUUACUUUCCAGUCUCGCGACUGUUGACUGGAUGCUUAUUUUACUUAGAUUUACAAAUGGAUUACUAAUUGGAGGUGCAUUUGCUGUAGUUUACGCAUAUAGUGGAGAAUUCCACAAUGACAAACAUCAGGCUAAAGUAAUUUUGUGGAUGUCAUCGUUUACUUCAAUAGCAAUGAUGGUUAUCCCUGGAUUAGCUUGGCUGAUCAUCGCCAGUGAAUGGAGUUUUGAAGUUCCACUCAUAGGAGUAUUGUUUAAACCGUGGCGUUUAUUACAGAUCGCCUAUGGUUUACCUAGCAUUAUAUUUGCGGCAUGUAUUUUUCUACUGCCUGAAAGUCCCAAGUAUUUGUUAGCCAAUGGAAAAGAAACAGAAGCACUUCUUAUACUAAGAAAAAUGUACACUCUAAACACAGGGAAGUCAUCUGUAGAGUUUCCUGUUAUAAGAUUGCUGCUGGAUGAAGACAUAGCAGAUGUGAAAAAUAAUAAAGGUUUUUUUAGACCAUUAUUUAAACAAACCUGUUCAUUGUUCAGCAAACAAUUCGCCAUAAAAACUUUUGCAAUUUGCAUUUUACAAUUUGGAGUAGUUCUGGUAACAUUUGGAUUUUACUUGUGGUACCCGGAAGUAAUGAACCAUAUGAGAGUAUUUGAGAGAGAAAAUAUUGGCGAGAAGAGUUCAAUAUGUAGGGCCAUCAAAUAUCAAUCGGUACACAAACAUAGCACAAACGAAACUGUGGCGUCUACUUGCAAAGAAGAAAUGAAACCUGAAGCGUUCACAGUGAGCUUUUUAAUGGGCGCAUUUUUUACUGUAACUUACUUGACAAUUGGAAGCUUAAUAAACAUUGUUGGCAAAAAAAAUGUCCUACUACUUCUCUUUGUAACAAGUGCAUUAUCUGGUUUAACUGCACAAUGCCUUUCUGGAUCUACAAUAGUUGACAUAUUCAUGGGAUGUGCUCUUUUAUCUUCUAUAGGAGGUAGCGUAAUUAUUGCCAUAGUGGUCGACUUAUACCCAACACAUAUAAGAGCCAUGGCACUUGCUGUCUCACUGAUGUUCGGCGAACUUGGUGCAGUAUGUGGAAUGCAUUUAUCAGGUUUAAUAUUCUAUGACCUGUGUAACUUCGCUUAUCCAAUUUUUGCUGCUUUUCACAUAGUUGUGAUAGUAUUAGUACUGCUUUUACUCACCAGUGCAAACAUUCCAAAAAUGAUUGAACCCAUAAUGUAAAUGAAAUUUGUAAAUAAAAGUGUAUUGUUCUUGUUAGUUUAUUUA